UCCCAGGCCAUGCACAUUGUGCGGACAGUGGGCCAGGCCUUUGACGUGUGCCACCAGCUGACCCUGCAGCAGAGCUCCGAGGAGGGAGUGGACACCAAUGCUGCCGACGCAGAUGGGGCAGAAGUCGUGCCAGGUGUGACUCACUCGCUCACGCACCAUACUGUCUUAUUACCUAGUACCAUCUUAUUACCUAGAAUCAUCUUAUUACCUAGAACCAUCUUACUCUCCAUCCAUCUCUCUCAUUCAGCCAAGACGAGGUUGGCAUUGUCUGAUUCGACCGACCUUGAAGCAACCACGGAGGAGAGCAUAGACUGUUUGUCAUCUGACCUGGACAAGACCAAAAGCCAGGACCUUCUUAGUAAAGAUGUGAAGGUACUGUAUGACCUGGGUCUUAUUCAUUACAUCACACUGUAGCGAAACGUUUUGCAACAGAAAAUGUAUGUGGACACCUGCUCGUCGAACAUCUCAGUCCAAAAUCAUGGGCAUUAAUAUCGAGUUGGUCCCCCCUUUGCUGCUAUAACAGCCUCCACUCUUCUGGGAAGGCUUUCCACUAGAUGUUGGAACAUUGCUGCAGGGACUUGCUUCCAUUCAGCCACAAGAGCAUUAGUGAGGUCAGGCACUGAUGUUGGGCGAUUAGACCUGGCUCGCAGUCGACGUUCCAAUUCAUCCCAAAGGUGUUCGAUGGAGUUGAGGUCAGGGCUCUGUGCAGGCCAGUCAAGUUCCUCCACACCGAUCUUGACAAACCAUUUCUCUAUGGACCUCGCUUUGUGCAGGUGGACAUUGUCAUCCUGAAACAGGAAAGGGCCUUCCCCAAACUGUUGCCUCAAAGUUGGCAGCACAGAAUCUAGAAAGUAAUUGUAUUCUGUAGCGUUAAGAUUUCCCUUCACUGGAACUAAGGGGCCUAGCCCGAACUAUGAAAACAGCCCCAGACCAUUAUUCCUCCUCCGCCAAACUUUACAGUUGGCACUAUGCAUUGUGGCAGGUAGUGUUCUCCUGGCAUCCGCCAAAACCAGAUUUGUCCGUCGGACUGCCAGAUAGUGAAGCGUGAUUCAUCACUCCUGAGAAUGCGUUUCCACUGCUCCAGAGUCCAAUGGCGGUGAGCUUUACACCACUCCAGCCGACGCUUAGCAUUGCGCAUGGUGAUCUUAGGCUUGUGUGCGGCUGCUCGGCCAUGGAAACCCAUUUCAUGAAGUCCCGACGAACAGUUCUUGUGCUGACAUUGCUUCCAGAAGCAGUUUGGAACUCGGUGUUGCAACCGAGGACAGACGAUUUUUACACGCUACGCGCUUCAGCACUCGCCAGUCCCGUUCUUUGAGCUUGUGUGGCCUACCACUUCACGGCUGAGCCGUUGAUGCUCCUAGACGUUUCCACUUCACAAUAACAGCACUUACAGUUGACCGGGGCAGCUCUAGCAGGGCAGAAAUUUGACGAACUGACUUGUUGGAAAGGUGGCAUCCUAUGACGGUGCCACGUUGAAAGUCACUGAGCUCUUCAGUACGGGCCAUUCUACUGCCAAUGUUUGUCUAUGGAGAUUGAUUGGCUGUUUGCUCGAUUUUAUACACCUGUCAGCAACAGGUGUGGCUGAACUAGCUGAAUCCACUCAUUUGAAGGGGUGUCCACAUACUUCAGGUAGUACCUCCCCGUUUCACUCAGUUUCAAAACGUUUUCCACCUACUGAACAUGACCCUGGUCAAAUCUGCAAAGCACCAUAUUUUUGCAGUGUAAAGUGUAGUGUUACACAAAAUAUUCAAAGCCCUCCAUCCCAAAACUCUUAACUAAUAUAAGGCUUUGAGAGCACCAUCUCAUCAACCGAUUUUCAAACCUCAUAAAUAUUGUAAAUGAGUCUUCAGCCUCAUUUACAUAAUUCUUGCAUAUGACGAAACGUCACCCUUAAAGGAAGCUUUUUGCAGAUCAACAGAUGCUACUGAAGGAUCUAGUGUGGAACUGAGAUGUUAUCUUGUGUUUGUCGAGAAAUAUUUCAUAGGGUGGUGUUGUAAUAUUAAUGUGUUCCUAUGGUUUAUUGAUGAAAACACAGCAUGAUGCUAUCUAUCCAGUGCUCUACUAACCAGUGUGUCAUACCACCCGCUCUCUAUCUAUUCUCUCUCUCUCUCUCUCUCUCUCUCGCUCUCUCUAUCUAUCUCUGUUUGUUAAUAGCUUUAUCUUGCCUGGCUGAUUGUAAGACACUCUUUUGUAGCCUAUUGUAUUGUAUUGAACCGUAUUGUGUUGAAUCCCAGCCCGGUGUAUUCAUAGCACAGAGAUAACUACUGCUAGUAUGGAGCUGUCCUUGGUGCUUUAUGAUGGUAGGCCUAUAAGUGAAGUGCUGAAUGAAGUCCAAUAGGUUUCCAAAAAGAGCUUUCACUAUUGUGGUGUACGCAAUUAUAGCACGCAGUAACAUAAUGACACCAUUCACCAAUGGGGAAAAUCAAGGCUAAUACUGUCAGAUGGAAUAGAAACCAUGACAGUUUUUGCUCAACAUAAAGAUAAUAGUAUUAGUAACUAAUUCCUACUUGCAUGCACAUACAGCAAUGUACAGAAUGGGCUUGUUAAAUGUCAGUAACUUCCCCAAAAUGUCCUGUUUUUUCAGAAAUCCCAGUUUGAAGAUUCCCAGAAUCAGGAGGGAAUUAACAGGAAAUCUGGGAAUCCUUCUACCAGGAUUUCUGGAAAACCAGGAGAUUUUGGGAAAGUUACUGGAAUCUUGCACCCUAACAAUAUGUAAUGUUAUGUGUAUCCUAAAUGUGUACCCUCCUAUCAUCAUUAAUUAUAGAUCACUAAUAACUGACCUGGUCCUCUUUAUUCCCCAUCCAAGGACCCAGCCCUGCAGCUGACCUCCCCCAGGCCGGGGCCAUCCGUGUCGGGCCUGUUGGCCGUGGACUCCCCCCGCUCCGUGGAGCACCAGGUGCAGCUGCUCCAGAGACAGCUCCAGCAGCAGGAGCAGCAGGCCCAGGCUGCCUUAGCACAGGUAGACACGUUUUCAAACGUUCCCAAAUUAUGGUUUGCCUUGUUGAACGCAGCUGAUGAGUAACAUUGGCUAAGUUUGAUUUGCCAAAAUACUGUACAUUUCACUGUUUGUUAUGGUAGUUUAGAUCAAAAAGAGACACUUAGACUUGAGCUACAGUUCCUUGGCAGAUUAUUAGUUAGCUAGAAACCUCUUGCAGCAGUUUGCUGUGGUGGGCACAAGUGGCUAUUUCAUAUUGUGUCUAAACCGUCAUUAUAAACAGUAACGUGUGUAUUAUAAAUACUACAUUUUAUAUAUUUAGGUUUUUGUUCAUAUUUCCGAAUGUGUUUACGUUAUUGAAUGCACCACACACCUCUGGAAAACGUUUAAGUAGUUUUAAUUAGUGUUUAUUUCGUUUCAUUGGUUCUUACUACCCUGAGGAUCCCCUCUAAUGAUUGACAGUUCAACAAGGGAGAGGUAUUGCCUUUUGCUGCUGUGGCUGCAAGGGAAGACAAGACAGUGUUUUUCAUCAAAGGUAGCUCUCUGCUCUGCGGGUGUAAUAUAAGACAUUCCUCAUGACUAAUGAGCAAGCUGGCUCCACGGUGUCACUCUACGCUCUCUUUUCUGUUUCCCAUUCUCUCUUGUGAUCACGUGGCUUGUUCUAAUGACGUAUGGGCUGGUUGUUGGUUAUAACGACAGAUUCUCUCUAAUGCUGAGUGAACAGAGGCAGAAUCACAGGAGGGAAAACACUUUCAGUCUGUUAAUUUUAGUUUGAUAUUCUUUGUGUUUCUGUGUGUGUCUUUAAUAACCUAUGUGUGCAUUAGUUUGAUAUUCAUUUAUAAUAUUUACGUGUGUGUGUCCUCACAAGUAUAGUAAUACACAAAGUGUGUGUGUGUGUGUGUGUGCGUGUGUUCGCAUUUGUGCAUGCAAGCGCCUGGUGUGUAAGUAUGCACACAAAUAUACAGUACCUACAUACAGUACCUACAUACCUGCAUACAGUACCUACAUACAGUACCUACAUACCUACAUACAGUACCGACAUACAUACAGUACCGACAUACAUACAGUACCUACAUACAGUACCUACAUACAGUACCUACAUACAGUACCUACAUACAGUACCUACAUACCUACAUACAGUACCUACAUACAGUACCUACAUACCUGCAUACAGUACCUACAUACAGUACCUACAUACAGUACCUACAUACCUGCAUACAGUACCUACAUACAGUACCUACAUACAGUACCUACAUACCUACAUACAGUACCUACAUACCUACAUACAGUACUUACAUACAGUACCUACAUACCUGCAUACAGUACCUACAUACCUACAUACAGUACCUACAUACCUACAUACAGUACCUACAUACAGUACCUACAUACCUACAUACAGUACCUACAUACAGUACCUACAUACCUACAUACAGUACCUACAUACAAUACCUACAUACAGUACCUACAUACCUACAUACAGUACCUACAUACAGUACCUACAUACCUACAUACUGUACCUACAUACAGUACCUACAUACCUACAUACAGUACCUACAAACAGUACCUACAUACCUGCAUACAGUACCUACAUACAGUACCUACAUACAGUACCUACAUACAGUACCUACAUACCUACAUACAGUACCUACAUACAGUACCUACAUACCUACAUACAGUACCUACAGUACCUACAAACAGUACCUACAUACCUGCAUACAGUACCUACAAACAGUACCUACAUACCUACAUACAGUAUCUACAUACAGUACCUACAUACAGUACCUACAUAUCUACAUACAGUACCUACAUACAGUACCUACUUACCUACAUACAGUACCUACAUACAGUACCUACAUACAGUACCUACAUACCUACAUACAGUACCUACAAACAGUACCUACAUACCUGCAUACAGUACCUACAUACAGUACCUACAUACAGUACCUACAUACCUACAUACAGUACCUACAUACAGUACCUACAUACCUACAUACAGUACCUACAUACCUACAUACAGUACCUACAUACAGUACCUACAUACAUAACCUACAUACCUGCAUACAGUACUUACAUACAGUACCUACAUACAGUACCUACAUACCUGCAUACAGUACCUACAAUACAGUACCUGCAUACAGUACCUGCAUACAGUACCUACCUACAUACCUGUAUACCUGUGUGUAUACACUCUCACCCCCCCCCCCCCUGUGUGGUGUGUGUCUACCUAGACGUGUGUGCUCCAGGACCAGCUGUCAGUGGAGGUGUGUGCGAGGACAGAUGCCCAGGCCCGGGUCCAGAGACUCCUGCUGCAGAACACUGACCUGCUGCAGCACAUCUCCCUACUGGUCCAACAGAUCCAGGAGCUGGAGCUCAGAGCUGCUGGAGGACUCAGCUCCAGUAACUGGCUCUACUUCUUUAUCCCUUCCUUCUUCUCUCAUCCCUCACUUUCCUUCUUCUCUCUCUUCAUCCCUGUUUCUCUUCCCCAUCUCUCCCCCCUCAUCCCUCUCUCUUCUCAUCUCUCCCCCCUCAUCCCUCUCUCUUCUCAUCUCUCCCCCUCAUCCCUGGUUCUCUUCCCCAUCUCUCCCCCCUCAUCCCUCUCUCUUCUCAUCUCUCCCCCCUCAUCCCCUCCCCACCCCCCUCAUCCCUGUUCCCCCCUCGCUCCCCCCUAAUCCCCCCUCCUUCCACUCUCUCCCCCCCCCAUCCCCCCCUCAUCUCCCCUCCCCUGUUUUCUCUUUCCCCCUCUCCCCCCCAACCUCUCUCUUCUCACUCUCCCCCCUCACCCCUCUCCCUCUCUCUCUCCCCAAACUUGUUUCUCUUCCCCCUCCUCUCCCCCACCCCUCCCCCUUUUCUCUCCCCCCCCCUCAUCCCCUCCUCCUCUCUCCUCCCUCCUCUUCCUCUUUGUUUCUCUUCUCAUCUCUACCCCCUAAAACCCCCCCCCAACCCUCAUCCCCUCUUUUCUCUUCUCCCCUCACCCCCCCCACCCCCAAACCCCCUCACCCCCUGCUCUUCUCCUCUCUCUCCCCCCCUCAUCCCUCCUCUUCUCAUCUCUCCCCCCUCAUCCCCCGUCAAACCUCCCCUCCUCCCUCCCCCUCACCCUCUCUUCUCAUCUCUCCCCUCAUCCCUCUCUCUUCUCACCUCCCCCCCAUCCCCUCUCUUCUCAUCUCUCCCCCCUCAUCCCCCUUCUCCUCUUCCCCCUCAUCCUCUCUCUCUAUCCUCCCCCCUCAUCCCUCUCUCUUCUCAUCUCUCCCCCUCAUCCCUCUCUCUCUCAUCUCUCCCUCUCCCUCCCUCCCUCUCCCCUCUCCUCUUCUUCUCUCUCCUACCCCCUCAUCCCCCCCCAUCCCUCUCUCUUCUCAUCUCUCCCCCAUCCCUCCCUCCACUCCCCCUCAUCCCCUCUCUCUUCUCAUCUCUCCCCCCUCAUCCCUCUCUCUUCUCAUCUCUCCCCCCUCAUCCCUCUCUCUUCUCAUCUCUCCCCCCUCAUCCCUCUCUCUUCCUCAUCUCUCCUCUCUCUUCUCAUCUCUCCUCUCUCCCCUCAUCGCUCUCUCUCUCAUCUCUCCCGUUCUCAUCUCUCCCACCUCAUCCUCCCUCUCCUUCUCCUCAUCUCUCUCAUCUCUCCCCUCAUCCCUCAUCCUCUCUUCUCAUCUCUCACCUCCCCGCCUUCCCUCUCUCUUCCUCAUCACUUCCCCCCCUCAUCCCCUCUCUCUUCUCAUCUCUCUCCCUCCCCCCCAUCCCUCUCUCUUCUCAUCUCUCUUCCCCUCAUCCCUCUCAUUCUUCUCAUCUCUCUCCUCCCCCUCAUCCCUCUCUCUUCUCAUCUCUCACUCCCCUCAACCCUCUCUCUUCUCAUCUCUCCCUCUACUUACCACCCCCCCCCAACCCCCCCUCAGCCCUCCUCUCUCUCAUCUCUCCCCUCAUCCCUCUCUCUUCUCAUCUCUCCCCCCUCUCCCCUCCUCUCUUCUCCCCUCUCCCCCCCUCUCCCCUCUCCUUCAUGCAUCCCUUUCUUCUCCUCCUUCUGUACUGUCAUGUAUUUAAUAAUUAUCAAGAUUGACAUCACAGCUCAUCAGCAAUGCUGUCAUCUUACCUGUCAUCCUUGCCAUCAUCUUUCCUGUCAUCUUCCCUGUCAUCUUGCCUGUCAUCUUGUCUGUCAUCUUGCCCUUUCUAAUUUAUCAUAAUCUCCGCUCUCAAUUUUCUCCUCAAAUCACCUCCUCUCUCUCACCUCUCUCCUCUCUCUAUUCCCUCCACUCAUCUUCUUUCCUCCAUUCCCACUAAUAGUCUUAAUUUCUUUUUUAUAUUUUUUAUCUUUCUUUAUUUCUCCCUCUAUUUCAAUCUCCCUCUCUCUGUUCUCUGUAUUCUCCACAGUGGGCUCCCAGGACAGUCUGCUGGGGAUCACCUUCCGUGCCAAGCCCUCCCUGCGUGACGCCCCCACCACCCCCACCUCCAUGGGCCCCCAGCAGGGUCAGCCCCAGAUCAGCAACGGCCUAUGGGCCUCCACCCUACCAGGGUCCUCUCCACCAGGGACCAGGGCGAGCCUCUCUCUGGGGCCAGGCAGCAGUGCCGUGAGGCUGGAGUGCUUCCGCUUCCCCCACGGGGGAGAGGAGCCCCACCAGAACCAAGACCAGGAGGGGGAGAGUCCGAGCUCAGGCGGCCCAGCCGGGGACUCCCCUCUGGAGGGAGAGGAGGUCCUUGGAGCCCUGGAGCUCCUUCGGUUCCGAGAGUCGGGGAUCGGUUCCGAGUACGAGUCCAACACGGACGAGAGCAGUGACAGGGACAGCUGGGGGCAGGGCGAGGGGGCGGGGCCUGAGGGCGCGGCACGCCUCUUCAACGUGCUGAACGCAGAGAGCCCCGCGGACUGUCUGGGUGAUGAGAUGGCUGUGUAA